AUGAAAACUUCAAAACUAUUACCCCUACCUAGUAACAUGGCAGUAAGCCCAAAUCGACAGGGAUCUCUUGCUUCCUAUGAGGAUCUUGAGACUCCAUAUGUACGAAUGAUCGUGGAGGCCGACAAAAUCCCCUGGGAGUAUAAUGUUCUUGCCAGCUCCGCGAAUUGGGUUCUACUAGCUGGAUAUCUCGUUGUACCAGGAACUUUCACCUCGUUGCGAAAGUCCGAUGCAGUCAGUGAUACUCUUUCCCAGAACUCUGCUGGAAGCGCAAUUCUGAAUACUAUCCAAAACCCACCCCUGCUGGCAAUUUCAUGUGUUCUAUUUGUAAUCGGCACGGUAAUCAUGGGUUGGCUGUUUCGCAAACAUCAAUUCAAUUAUAUAUGGCUCACGAGCCGUCUAUUCAUACUGACAUCUGGACGUCAUUGA